AUGGACGUCGCUCAUACGUCUAUGAUGCAUGCGGCUGCUCCCCAUUUUCUGUGGCCGUUUGCGGUCAGUUACGCUGCGCACCAGAUCAACCUCCACCCCAGGGUCUCUCGACCGGAGACCUCCCCAGCCCUGCUGUGGACGGGGAAGGUUGGCGAUGCGUCGGCGUUCCGGGUCUGGGGAUCUCGGGCGUUUGUUCGCGACCUGUCUGCGGACAAGCUGUCCCCUCGUGCUUCUCCCUGCGUCUUCCUGGGGUUCCCCCCCGACGCCCCUGGGUGGCAGUUUUACCACCCCACCUCUCGACGUGUUCUGUCCUCCCAGGACGUCACGUUCGACGAGUCGGUACCCUACUACCGCCUCUUCCCCUACCGCACUCCGUCCCUCCCCCCACCCCCGCUCUUCUUGGUAGACGCGGUCGAGCCUGUCGAGGUCACUGGUGACUCUGGUGCUGCUGCGGGAGCUGAGCCUGGGGGUGCGGAGUCUGGGGGUGCUGAGCCUGGAGGUGCCGAGUCUGGGGGUGCUGAGCCUGGGGGUGCUGAGCCUGGGGGUGCUGUGCCUGGGGGUGCUGAGCCUGGAGGUGCCGAGUCUGGGGGUGCUGUGCCUGGGGGUGCUGAGCCUGGAGGUGCUACGCCUGGGGGUGCUGUGCCUGAGGUUGCUGAGCCUGGGGGUGCUGUGCCUGGGGGUGCUGUGUCUAGGGGUUCUGAGCCUGGAGGUGCUGUGCCUGGGGGUGCUUCGUCUCGCCGGGAGCCACUCUCCCCACAGGAGCUGCGUGAGUGGUUUGCCAGGCGCUGGAGGCGUGCUGCUGGUGCGGGUGGUUCUUCGACUGCAGAGGGUACUGCUGCCGCGCGUCCCGCCGGUACUCGUACUGUGGGUGCUGGAGCUGCUGGGUCUGAGAGUUCUCCUGGAGCUGGUCCUGCUGAGGGUGUUGGCGCUGAGCCUGCCGUUGGCGGUCCGACUAACAGUGCUGCUGGUGCUGCGGCUGGGGGUUCUGGAGCUUCUGGUGGUGCUGCUGGAGGUGCUGCUGGAGUGGGUGCUCCUGCCGGGGCUACUGGUGCUGUUCCUGCUGUUUCUAGCGUCGCCGCGCGGCCCCGACCGUACUUCGUUCCGCUCCUGCAGCAGGUUCUUGGUCUUACACCUCCUCCUCCUCCCUUAGAGGGUCCGCAGCCUGUCCGGUCACAGCCACAGCUACAGCCUGCCUCCCCUUUGCCUGCUCCUUCUCCCUACGCUGGUCCGACUGGAGGUCUUACUGAGCGUCGUGAGCCUGCGUCUCGUCCUGUGUCGCCUGUUCGUACUGAGCGCGCUAGUGGUCGCGGGUCGCGUCAGCGUCCUCCUCCUGUCCCUGGCACGCACCGGAUGUCACUGCGUCCGUCCACUGCUCCUCUGCGUGCCCCUUUGCCUUCUCCUCCUGCUUCCUCUCUUCCUGCUCUUGCCGACCCGGAGUCGGACUCUCUUCGUGCUGCCAGUCCUACUGUCACGCGUCUCCUGGCUACUGCUGUCACUGACCCCUCCUUCGAGUCGUCUGCUGCGUCUGCCCUUGUCACUGAGCUUGUCGACUUUGCUGCGCGCUGUCGUCUAGACUACGCUGCUCGUCUUGUCACUGAGUCUGAGUCCGCCUGUCCUCCGUCCGUCGGGGGUGAGUGUGCCCUUGGCACGGACGUCCUUGAGGACAGGCAGGAGGAGUUCCAGUGUCUGGCCGCCGCUUCACCUAGUCUCGCGUCUGUACUGCUAGCCCCUGAGGGAGACCCGGAUGCACCAGACAUCCCGACUCCGCGCUCUUACGCGGAGGCGAUAGAGGGUCCCUACUCCUCUCAGUGGCAGGCAGCUAUGGAUGCAGAGAUGGCUUCCUGGAAGUCCACAGGCACCUACGUUGACGCUGUUCCCCCUCCUGGGGCGAACAUCGUCAGUGGCAUGUGGAUUUUCAGGGUGAAGCGGCCGCCGGGUUCUCCGCCUGUCUUCAAGGCGCGUUACGUGGCUCGUGGCUUCAGUCAGCGGCAGGGGGUUGACUACUUUCAGACCUUCUCCCCCACCCCGAAGAUGACCACUCUUCGGGUUCUGCUGCACGUUGCUGCUCACCGUGACUACGAGCUGCACUCUCUCGACUUCAGCACAGCUUUCUUGCAGGGCAGCCUGCACGAGGAGAUCUGGCUGCGUCGCCCACCUGGCUUCACUGGGUCUUUCCCUCCUGGUACCCAGUGGAGUCUCCGGCGUCUAGUCUACGGUCUCCGCCAGGCGCCACGUGAGUGGCACGACACACUGAGGACUACGCUCGCGGCACUUGGGUUUGCUCCUUCCACUGCCGACCCGUCGCUGUUUCUGCGCACCGACACCUCUCUGCCGCCGUUCUACAUCCUCGUGUACGUCGACGACUUGGUCUUUGCCACAGCUGACACUGCUGGACUCGCCUACGUGAAGUCCGAGCUGCAGAAGAGACACACGUGCACUGACCUGGGUGAACUGCGCAGCUACCUUGGCUUGCAGAUCACCCGGGACAGAGCACGCCGCACCAUUACCCUGACUCAGUCACACAUGGUGCAGCAGGUCCUUCAGCGCUUCGGCUUCACGUACUCCUCGCCUCAGGCCACUCCUCUGCCUACUCGCCACUCGCUCUCAGCUCUGCCUUCGGAUGAGUCCGUAGAGUCGAGUGGCCCGUUUGCAGAGCUUGUUGGCUGCCUCAUGUACCUGAUGACCUGCACACGACCUGACCUCGCAUACCCUCUUAGCAUUCUCGCACGCUUUGUUGCUCCUGGGAGACACCGACCAGAGCACAUGGCUGCAGCGAAGAGGGUGUUGCGCUACUUGUGCAGUACGUCGGGCAUGGGGCUAGUGCUUGGAGGGCGCAGUCCAGUGGUCCUCACUGGGCACGCAGACGCUUCUUGGGCUGACGACCAGGCUACGCAGCGGUCGUCACAGGGUUACACCUUCAGCCUUGGUUCCGGCUCUGUCUCGUGGCGGGCUACCCGCUCGUCUUCUGUUCUCGGCUCCAGUUGUGAGGCUGAGAUCUACGCUGGGGCUAUGGCUGCACAGGAGUUACGCUGGCUCACCUACCUGCUGACCGACCUUGGAGAGCAGCCUCGUUCUCCUCCAGUCCUGUACGUAGACAACAAGGCCAUGCUGGCCUUGUGUCGAGAGCAGCGACUGGAGCACAGAACGAAGCACAUUGCUCUUCGCUACUUUCUUGCUCGUGAGCUACAGCAGCGUGGACAGCUGCGACUUGCGUACGUGGCCUCUGAGGCCAACACUGCUGAUGUCUUCACCAAGGCACUUGCGCCUUGUGAUCAUCAGCGUUGCUGCACGCAGUUGGGUCUUGUGCCUGUCUUGCCUCACUUGCUCUCCUCUUGA